AUGGAUCCUCGCACCGUGCCGGUGCCGCCCUUGUCCUUCGAGACUGCUGAGUCGGCGCAGCCCGACGAGUCCUUCGGGACCGUGGCAGAGCCGCUCGUGGAAACUGAUGAGAUACACUGGAUUCUGCGGCAGGCGUGUGUGCAGCCUGCGCACCGGCCUUUGCUCACCGGCCUGGUGGCGGCCGUUGUCGUGUAUUCCCUGAGUGCCGGAACCUGCUCGCGAUCUUUCUGGCUUUUCGUGGCGGUCUGUGGUUGUUGUACCUUAUUCAUCACGUCGUUUGUCAUGGGAGGCUUCCGGACACUGUCAUGUAGCUGUCUGGCAUUUCUCGGGUGGUGCCCACUCUGGCCUUGCUUUCGACCUCCGCCGGUGACAGCCAGGGCUUUCGGGGUGGUGGUGGCGCAACUCGUAUGCCUAGUGCUGCAAAUUGUCGUGAGCAGUUACGCUUGGUCGGUGCACAAACAUUUCUUUGUCAACAGCCGGGUUUUGGCUUGGACGGCAGCCAUGGCUGUCAGCCAAGUCUGUAACAUGGCGUCCUGGAUAGUCCACCUCGCGUUUGCCAGGAACCUCUACCCAGGGAUCCCUCGACUUUGGACGGUGUCUGUGUGUCCCAGGAGAGUCUUGAAUCUGUACAGGUCGGCGUUGGCCUUAACGGCGAUUGCAGUGAUUGCAACACCGCAAAUGGAGGUGGCGGAGGGUUCGGUUUCGGAUUGGUGGGUAAAUAUGGCGCCCACGGCCGUCAUCGGUCUGUCAAGCUGGUUCCUCUUUUCCUGGUUAGUCGCCCUGCCGCACUUGGCUACAGCAGUGCUACUGCAGAGCGAGCUGGAGCAUGUUGCCUCUGCGAUUGAAUCUGCCAGCUCUGCUUCAGAUGUGUCUGCUGCUAUUCGCGCGUGCCAAGAGCGCAAGCAGCGAUAUCACAGGUUGUUGAUUUGGCACGUCUUGCUUGAUGGCUUGUCGAUGGUGCUGGGCAUAUUUGCGGACAUAGUGCUGGUGAUUCAUGGCACGCCUCAAGCAAGUUCUCCGGUUUAUCGUUUGCUGGCUUUAUGGCUGAAUCUCUUCGCGAACCAUCCCCAACUCACCGCGUGCUUCUUGUGCAUGCAGUUUCUGUCGCUGUCAUCCUACCACGAGAGAGUCGGGUUGGUGGUGGAUGCCCAGCGAGCACGGCUGGACAACUCCGAGGAUGACGCCUUGUUCCGCAUCAUCGCGUUGAGGCACGAGGAGCUUCAGUUUCCUGUGAUGGGCCAAGUGGUGACCAGGACAUGGCUGCGGAAGCUGAUCGUCUCCACGUUCUUCUCCAGCAUGCUCAAGUUCGUCAUCGGCUGGGUGUGGAAAUUGUUGAAAUCACCUCGACUCUGA